AUGGCAGCUAGACUAGCGCUGCAGGAUGCGCGAGCUGGCACCAUCACAACUCUGACGGCCAAUGCUAAGGACAUUCACUCAAUGAACCUCUCAACCGCGGUCGACACAAGGGAACUGCUUCGAACAGCGUGGUCAAAGUUCGAUGCUGAACACGACCGAAUAGUAUCGUCAUCUCGAGAAACGRYAAUGGAACAGUCGUACUUUMAAGACAAUYGUUAUGAUUCAACCAUGCAGACAUAUCUAGCCGGAGUUACGCUACUAAACCAGCGUGCCUUCUCAGACUGGAGACCCUUUGAGGAAUUAUUUUCCUCAAUGAUCAAAGAUAACCCAGACCUCUCACAGGUUGAGAAGUUGCAUUACCUGAGGACCAGCUUGGAGGGAGAGGCGGCUAAAGUGAUAUCAAAUCUAAACUUAUCUGCUGAUUCCUUCGCUAUCGCAUGGAAUAGGUUGUUGGACAGCACAGCUAGAGCAUUGGAGCAUAUCGAGACUCGUAGGUCUUACGGGGAAGGCAAAAGAACAUCUCAACAGCCCAAAUCAUCCCCCACAAGGUCCUACGCUAGGGCCUUAAACGUAAAGGCUGCUGCUACUACGCCUGCAACGACAUCUGAGUCUCCCGGAUCAUCUCAGUUGGCAGUGGAUAAAAAGCCAAUCAAAAAAAAUCCUAUGCCAUUUAUCACCGACCUCUCUAAUACUUGCAGCUAUUUUAGUCACAGGCACUACAUCGCUUUCUGUCCUCUAUUCAAGUGUCUUAAUCAGCAGAAGAAGGAGAAGGUCGUUGCAGAAUCUCGCCUGUGCUACAACUGCCUAGGCAGGCAUAACGUUAGGCAGUGCAGGAGUAAUAGACGAUGCAACGAAUGUGGAGAUCGGCACCACACGCUCAUCCAUCCCGAGAAAAGGACAUCUCCUCCAUCGUCUAGGACAUCUCCUCCUAUAUCAAGGACAUCUCUUCCUACAUCGUCUAGGACAACUCCUCCUACAUCAAGAUCAUCGCUGCCAAUCUCAAGGACUUCAAGCUCUCUCUCAGAGACAACACAGACAUCUCAGAGAGUCUUGUCCUCGCAGGGCUCACGGGUAUUGUCGGAUGAGUCACCGAGAGAGGAUCGUCGGAAAUCUUCGGUUCGAAAGUCAUCUCAUCGCCGAUCCUCUAGUCCGAAGUCAUCAUCAUCCACUUCCGGUACGUCGACUCCCAAACCCCUCUCCAAGCCGAAGGCUCCUGUUCAUGACUCCUCUCACAAGUCAUCUUCAUCUCGAUCAUCUCCUACUAAGCCCAUACCUACCAAGAAGAGUUCUUCUCAGAACUCUUCAAAAAAGUCGUCCUCAGAAUGA